AUGGAUUUUGGAAAUAACACUCUGAGCAUAAAACUAUACCAAAAAAAUUUAGAGCCCCAGUGUUGUUGCAGUAAAACUCUUUUCACGAUAAGGAAGCUCUGAAAUGGCAGUUUAGAACUAAUGGAGUUGGAUACGGAAACAAGCCAACUUAAAUAUACACCUACUAAUUUUAAAAUAGACCCACUUAGAUUGUAUGACUCUUUGCCGAUUUUAAACUCAAAGCUACUGAUAUAUGAAAAUUCAUAUCGCCAAGGAAGUAUAGAAAUUGCCCGAGGAUCGGCUCCACACGAGAACCAUUUUCCACGUGUGGAGCCAUUUUUCCAUACGUGAGAAUCCUGACUUCCACGUGUGAAAAAAUCGCUCCACACGUGGAAAAUGGUUCCCGUGUGGAGCCGAUUUUCCGCAUUUCCAGAGAAUGGCGCAAAUAGCGGCAUUCUCUGGUAAUUAGUAUAGCUCAGCUUGCAUAUUUAAUCUUCAGAGUUAUGCUAUAGAAAAUAAAAUCAAUUGGAUCGAAGGUUUUACUCAAAAACCAGCUUUCUAUGAAGGCUGACUUUAUUUUUUUGGUUCGAAAUUUUCAUUUGUUAAUAAUUGCUAUUUACCUUUUUACAAAAAGUUGGAUUUGAAUUUGAUGAAAUGAAGUGUUUUACUAGAAAAUCCUGCUCAACACUCCCAAUUUGACAGUAUACAGUUUAAUAAUUCAAUUUUAAUUCUAGAAAAAAAAGAUACCUGUAUCUGGCAGUUUGAUAUGUUUAUUGAAUCUUAUUCUCUUCUCUUUAAGACUACUGUAAUUAGAAGUGUUUUUGGUAAUACUUUGGCAACUGGCAAUAUGCGAGUUUAUGUUUUUGAAGGUCAAGGUAGUAUAUAUGAAAGCGAUAUUGGAAAUCAAUAUACAUUAAAAAUUAUUGGAGUGUGUAAAAUAGAUAUAUUUGAUUAUGUUUACAAGACAAAUGAUGACCAAAAUAUUUUUUUGGCAUCAGUUAUAAAUAUAGAAAAAGAUGUAUGGCUAUAUUCGUAUUUUCGCUUUAAUUUGGAGAAUAAAAGUAUAACAAAGGUUAGAGAAGUUGAAUUAGAUGAAUUUUAA